ACGAGGCUUGCUGGGCAUGAUAAACCGGACGCAAAGCGAGGCUUUGACAGAGGCCUGGUUUUUGUUUUGUUUUGGAAGUAAGCGUUGCGUUUCUGUCCUGUUGUCCUUGUUUUGGUCUUUUCGUUUCGAAUUUUUUUUUUUGUGGUUUAAGAAAUGGGAACUUCUCACGAAGCCGACCGAACUCUUUUUGUUGGGAAUCUGGACUCGAAUGUGACGGAGGAGCUUCUGUUUGAGCUUUUCUUACAGGCUGGUCCUCUGACUAACGUCAAAAUUCCUAAGGAUAAAGAUGGAAAACCCAAAAUGUUUGCUUUUGUGAACUUCAAACAUGAAGCUUCGGUGCCUUACGGAAUGGAACUGCUCAAUGGAACACAACUUUUUGGGAGGCCCAUAAAAAUUCAAUUCAGAUCAGGAAGUUCCCAUGGAAGUCAGGGCUCAAACAGCCCAGGGCAUUCACAGAACAGUAGCCCAUCAAAUACUCCUGGUCCACAGGGUGGCAGGUUUGACCGAGGCAUGGACGUGGGUUAUCAGAGCUACACACCAUCACAGCUGCUCCAGAGGUCUUUCUCAUCGCCGGACAGCCUCCAGAGACAAGCUAUGCUGUACAGCAUGUGGCAGCAGCAGCAGCAGGGGAACGGAGCAGUGUCGCCUCUAAUGCAGCCUGGAUACCAAGCAUCUGGGCAGCAGCACAGACAGGGCAGCUCGGGGGGAAGCUGGCAGGACCUUUCUGCCCAUCGUGUGCACAGACAGCACUCCCAUCAGUACCAGCAGGAUAACGAGCACUGCAGCCGUGGGUCUGGGUCUGACAGGCACGUCAGGGGUCAGCAUGAUGACCGGAUGAACCACCACAACCGAAGCCACAGCCGGGACAGCAGGAGGGAAGAUUCCAGAGAUGGAAGGUGGCGCCAAAACAGAUACUGAGUUACCGACAAGGGAUUCUCUGAUUUGGUUUAUUGGUGGUACUGAUCCAAUUAGUUUUAUACCUCCUUUUUUAUAGCUUUUUAAAUUUUUAUCUUUUUAAAUCAAACAAAAAAAAAACUUAAUUUGACAGAAUUGUUUUGUGUCAGAGAAAAGUGUUUUAUUAGUUUUUGAAACCAUUUGUGGCAGAAAAAAGUUGGAAUACAGUAAAUGUAUUAUUUUUUAUUUUAGGAUUGGUAAAAAAAAAGAAAAAAAAAAGUUCAUUUAUGAGUUAGUGCUGAUACAAUAUAUAUAAAAUCUAGCUUUCAGCCUUGUAAGCACUAUGGAAAAUUAAAAAAAGGAAUAACCCCAUGAUGUAAUAUAGUGUUGGGCAGAUUCUGUAAUGAUUUGGUCACUACAAUGGGACUAAUGCAAGUUUCAUUCCCAUUUGAAAUCCUUCUCCAGAAAAGUAACUAUGCUGCUUGUAUGUUGAGGUUGUGUAGUACCAUGAUUUUCUGUAAUGUGUACUGUUAAUACAAAAUGGUUUCUGCUUUUAAAAAAAAAAAAAAAAGUAAUGAGAGGGGGGAUAAUUGCUACCAGCAUAUACACACAGAUGUCUGUACUGUUGUAUAUAAUUGAUACACUUUUACAUUCUUAAAAUCCUAACUUUGUAAAAAUAAGAUGUGUUUUUCUGGUUUGAAAUGUUUAGUAUUUUAACUGUUGCAUUUCUGAGUGUACUGUAUACAAUCUGCUGACUGGGAGCAAAAACAUUGUAAAUCAUAGUUUUGACAUGCCAGCAUUUUAAAGUUUUACUAUAGAUGAGACCUACAAUCAAUAUUGAGUUACAAUGUUCUUGUACCCAGCCCAUGAAAUAAUAACCUUAAAAUUUAAAAUAGAUUUUGUAUGUUGGGUGUGGGAUUAAGCCAGAAUAUUGAAAGCUGUUACCGCUUCUCCCUGCUAUGUACUAACACCCUUGUUUUGGAAAGGAAAAAUGAAAGUCUUGAUUUUUGUAAGGUUAAAACACUCAGGUACAGUCUGUAAAUACAAUUUAACGGAUAUUGUAAUUGUUUUAAUAUGUUGCAAUAAUUAAGUUACUCCAGUUUCAA